CGAAUGUGAUGCUAUUAAAAUGCAGCUUCAGCAAUUGUGGCCCGGACAGCCCAUGCGCCCAGGGCCAGAAGCACCCAGAGAACCAGGUUCGCUGUACCACCGCUCCCUGUCAGCUUCCCACCUAGAGAGAUGGUGGCACAAAAGGUGGACAGGCUGCGCAGUCAAGCCGCGUGCUCAUCUCUUUCAAAGUAGCCUGACGGCCUUUCCAGUUGCUUACUGUAACUGGGGCGCUUUUUGUACAAUCAACAGAAGACGGGAUAUCGUCAUUGCUUUGAUUGCGCGCACCCCGUAUUGAUUGCUGCUCUUGCCUCCUCAGAGUCUCCUCAUGACGGCGGCCAGUGUUGCACCGGUGGCCGUCCCGGAGCAGCGGGAAUUUGAGGGCCUUCCCUUCCCCCUUGUUCUCAGACCCGCUCCCCCGGUUGCCAACGGUCACACAACUAAGUACUCCAAAGCUGACCUUUCGGGUUGGGUGGCGGAGAACAAGCAGGAGCUGGAGCGGUUGGCCCUCAAGCAUGGUGCAGUUCUCCUGAGAGGCUUUCAUGUCCCUGACCCUGCAGUGUUCAACUCGGUGGUCGAGGCACUGGGCCAUGAUGAGCUGCCCUACAUUGGGGGGGCUGCACCGAGGACGCUGAUUGUGGGCAGGGUGUUCACGGCCAAUGAGGCGCCCGCUGCCAGUGUGAUCCCCUUCCACCAUGAGAUGGCCCAGGUGCCGUCCUACCCGUCCCAUCUCUUCUUCUACUGCGACGUGCCCCCAGCGGAAGGGGGCCAAACGCCCAUCUGUUUGAGCCACGAGGUGUAUGUGCGCAUGGCGGAGGCGUAUCCCCAGUUUGUGGCGGACCUGGAGAAGCAUGGGGUGCAGUACACCCGCGUGCUGCCAGAGUACGAUGAUAAGGAGUCGGCGCAGGGGCGCGGCUGGCGGUCCACGUUUGGCACCACCACGCGGCAAGACACAGAGGCAGCGCUGGCCAGCAUGGGCAUGACUGGGGAGUGGCUACCCAACGGCGACCUCAAGACGGUCACCGGGGUGCUCCCCGCCGUCCAGGUCGACCCACGCACGGGCCGCAAGGUCUGGUUCAACAGCGUGGUGGCGGCCUUCACCGGCUGGAAGGACGUGCGCAAUGAGGAGGGCAAGGCCGUUGUGCUGGGAGACGGCCGGCCGUUGGACGGGGCCGCCGUAAACGCAUGCUUGAAGAUCAUGAACGAUGUCGCGGUGGACUUCCCGUGGCAACAGGGGGACGUGCUGCUGAUCGACAACAAAGUGACCAUGCACGGCAGGCGGUCGUUCAAGCCGCCGAGGAGGAUCCUGGCCUCGCUGGUCAAGUAGACAAGCGGAUUCGCAAUGUUGGCCCUGAGUUCUUGGGCACGCGUAUUUGUACAUACCAUACUUGUGAGUGCUGCAAGCUUGAGCUAGCUUGCAACCAGUUGACUCAGUAAUUUCAUGUAUAAAUAGGUCGAGAAGCCUCUUGCACGCACCCUUAACAGGCACUUUGCCAUGGUCAGCAUCAAUCAGAACCCUUUGCUGAACGUUUCACCACUGAGCGCCUGCUUUAGGAGCGCUGCAUGUUGAUUGGUUAAGGCGCGGUCACAUGGUUACGAUCGUUUAGUUGGAGGCAUGCUCUGAGGUGCAUUACAAUUCAUGGUUGACUUACUAAGCGC